CAACAGUUUGACAGUUGUUACUGUGCCAAACGGUGUCGGGAACAUGGUGAAACAGUCCAUCCAGAAGUAGGAGGAAGGCCGAGAGAGCAUAAGAGUCAUACUCGGGGGUACAUAGGGGAAUAAUACUAGUGUGCACAGGGGUGAGAGUACUGGGGAAAUAACUCUGGGGUCACAAGUGAGAACAGUGGUACACAUAGUAUGGUUAGGGACUCAUAAGGUACACAAGGUUGUGAAUACUGGUGACCUAAUACUCGGGUACCAGGGCUGAGGCUACAAGGGGCAUAAUACUGGGGUACACAUGGGUAAGCAUACAUUGGCAAGAGAACUGAAGUACCCACUGCACCGGAAAUCCAAACAGCACUGGCAGACUGAGCGUAGUAAAUACUCAGUGCAAGAAGUACCCUGGAGACGUAGCCAUAAGGAUUUCCAGUUCCGCCAGCUGAAAAAGAUCAGAUUCUUCAACCCACCCCCAGAUCUUCCCAAGGAGCGCUCCAGUCUGCUGGCCCUAUCCAACAAAUAUGGCUUACUGUUUGCUGGCAGCCCUACUGGAUUCAAGGUCUUUCACACCAAAGAUGUCCUCAUUCCAUGCAAACCUGGGGAGGACCCGAAUAACAUUGUGGUGGGACCUCCAGGGAUUGAGGUACGGACAAACUUUCCUGUACACCACCUGGCUCUGAACACUGAUAAUCUCAUGCUGUCUGUAUGCAUGACCUGCCCUGAACUUGGCUCUUCUGUCUCCUUCUAUGAUGUCCGGACACUAAUGAACGAGUCCCGGCAGCCAAAAGAAGCUUUCGCCUCCCAGAGACUGCUGAGAGAAGCAGACAGCUUUGUCACAGACCUUAAGUGGAACCCAGUAGCUUCUUCAAUGGUGGCCUUGUGUCUGAAUGAUGGCAGCAUCUCCAUCCUACAGGUCGAAGACACUGUUACUUUGUACAGCAGCCUGCCGUCAAGUCUGGGUGUCACCUCAGUGUGCUGGAGCCCCAAAGGGAAGCAGCUAGCCAUUGGCAAGCAGAACGGCACAAUAGUACAGUACCUCCCAACCCUGCAAGAGAAGAAAGUUAUUCCCUGCCCCCCCUUCUAUGAUUUGGACAACCCAGUAAAAGUGCUGGAUGUCCUCUGGGUCAGCACCUAUGUCUUUGCUGUGGUGUAUGCAGCUGCUGAUGGGUCUUUGGAAACCUCGCCACAGCUUGUGAUGGUUUUACUUCCGAGAAAAGAGGAUAAACGAGGGGAUCGAUUCCUGAACUUCACGGAGACGUGUUACAGCAGCUGCAAUGAGAGGCAGCAUCAUUUCUUCAUGAACUACAUCGAGGACUGGAAUGUUCUUCUUGGGGCAUCGGCAGCUUCAAUAGAAGUCAGUGUAAUUGCCAGGCCUCUCGACCAGAACACAUGGGAACUUUGGUUACUGGAAGACUCCAGCCGAGCGGAGAUGCCGGUGACCGAUAAUAGUGAUGACACCUUUCCCAUGGGAGUUGUGGUCGAUUACAGCAGCCAACUGGAGAUAUUCAUUAGUGAUGAGAAGAUCUUGCCUCCUGCUCCGGUACUUCUGGUGCUUUCCACAGAUGGGCUCCUUUGUCCCUUUCAUGUGAUCAACCUAAACCCUGGUGUGAAAUCUCUGACCACAGCCCUGGAGCAGCUGCCCAUGGGAGGAGAGCGGCAAAUGAAAACUGGGGCACCAGGACCUGCAGUUACUCCUCCCAGCAUUCCUCAAGCUGUCACUCCAGCUUUCAGUACUCCGGUUUCCAAUCUAGCUGGAAAUCCUCAACCUGCUUCCCUGGGCUUCAGUAUUCCUGCUUCUAGCCUCUCUGGAAAACCUCAGACUGCUACUCAAGUUUUCAGCUUGCCUUCCACAAAUCUCGCUGGCAAACCUCAAACUGCAUCUACGGCUUUUUCUGUACCUACCACAGGUUUCUCUGGGCCACUUCAGGCUACUCCACAUGCUUUUGGCACUCUGGCUACAACUGUCCCUGGCCAAGUUCAAACCAACACUCAGGCCUUCAGCAUUGCAACAGGCUUUACUGGCCAACCUCAGGGUACUGCUUCAGGGUUUGGGAUUCCUACAACAAGUGUUGCUGGCAAACCUCAACCUACUGCACCAGGUUUCGGCAUGCCUUCUACAGGUUUCCCUAGCCAUCUUCAAGUUACUGCAACUUGUUUUGGUGUUCCUGCCACAAGUGUUGGUAGCAAGCCUCAAGCGACGGAGCCAGGUUUUGGCAUUCCUGCCACAAGUUUCACUGGCCAAAUUCAAGCUACACCACCAUCAUUUGGAACUCCUGCUGCAAGUGUUGCCGGAAAACCUCAAGCUACUCAGCAGGCUUUCAGUCUUUUUUCCACGCCAUCUGCCACAAAUACGUCUGCCAAUUCAUCAUCUAGCUUAUUUGGGCCUUCAGUUAAGCAACCUACUGGCACAAAUACUUCUGGCAAUUCAUCAUCUGGUUUAUUUGGGACUUCAGCUAAGCAACCCAGUUCCCAGUCAUUUUCCUUUUCGACGCAGGCUCCUGUAGAUUUUGGUUCUGCUAGUCCAAAGCCAGAAAACUCCAACAGCUCCACCCAAGCAACAGAUUCUAGCUUUGUACCCACCUCAUCUGUCAAAGUGAACCUCAAAGAUAAGUUCAGUGCUGUAGACACACACCAAGUGAUGCCAGGCUUUGCUUCCAGUGCCCAGAAUUUCUCUUUCACCUCUCAAGCCAAGUCCACAACUGCACCAAUUGCCAGUGGCAGUGCAGUGCCUUCACCAUCUCCGACCGGGGUGGCUCCCAGCAGGCCCUUUGCAGAUGUUACACAAGCUACACCAAACACCCCCACAGCAAGAGUAAAUCCUCCCGCGGUGAGGCAAGCACCAUCACAGCCUGUGGCAAAUGCCUCGUUGGACAAUCGGGUGAAGGAUAAUGAUCCUAUUCUUAACGCAAUAAAAGAUGAGAUUGCUCAUUUUCAAAAGGAGAUGGAUGACCUGAAAGCACGGACAGCGAAGGCCUGCUUCACCGUGGGGAGUGAGGAACAGAUGAGACAGUUGAGGACAGAGUCUGAUGGUCUCCAUUCCUUUCUGCAGGAAAUCAAGGAGACUACAGAGUCUCUGCAUGGAGAUACUGGCUGUCUCAAAACUACCCUAUUGGAGGCAUUUGCCAGUGUGGAGGAUGCUAGAGAGCAGGACGAGCGGAAAAAGGAUCCUAAGUAUCGCCAACUUCUGUAUAAAAAACCCCUGGAUCCCAAGAGUGAGGCGCAGAUGCAGGAGAUUCGCAGACUCCAUCAAUACGUGAAGUUUGCCGUUCAAGACGUGAAUGAUGUCCUGGAUAUAGAGUGGGACCGGCAUCUGCAGAAUAAGAGACAACAAAAAAGCAUCGCUGUUCCGGAACGUGAGACACUAUUUAACACACUAGCUAACAACCAGGAAAUUAUCCACCAGCAGAGGCAGCGUCUUAACCAGCUGGUAGAGAGCUUGCAGCAGCUGCGUCUUUACAACCAGAUCUCCAAGUGGAACAUGCCUAGUGAGGAGUUCACCAAUAAGAGUUUUGAAAUGGAGUUAGAAAGCCUGCGAAAUGCGUUGCCCAAGAUUGCAGAGGACAAAGAGCCCAAGCCCACGCCAAAAGCUCCACGUGAGUUCCCAACUUCACAACCUUGUCAGCUAAGAAACUUCCUUACCAAGCGGAAGACUCCUGGAAUUAGAUCACUUGCUCCAGUUGGCCUCUCCCGGUCAUCAUUCCUAGCCCCUAGUUACUUUGAAGACCUGGAUGAUGUGAGCUCCACGUCCUCUCUUUCGGAAGCAGCAGAUAAUGAAGUGCUACGGGCACCACCACAGCCAGUUUCAAUUAGGCGGGACACGCCACCACCGGAGCCUUUUCCUGUCCGGCCUGCACGUCAUGUGCCUAUUACACGUACUACGUCUGUGCAGCCAGGCUUUACCACCCCAUCUCUUACAUUUGGAAAAUCUCAGCCAUGUACUGGACCCAUGACAAGCACCCCUGCUGUCCCUGCUCAGUCAAUAAGAGUUAUCCCACAGGGGGCUGACAGCACAAUGUUAGCCACGAAGACUGUCAAACACGGGGCUCCCACAGGCCCUGCACCACAAGCAGCCGCAGCUGCCGCUGCUCUGAGAAGACAGAUGACCAGCCAGGUCCCAGCCUCUCUCACUGAAUCCACUCUGCAAACUGUGCCACAGGUGGUCAAUGUGAAAGAGUUGAAGGGCAAUGGACCUGGACCAAACUUUGCUACAGUGAUUGGACCGUCUGUGCCCCACUCUGCUGCCCAAGUUAUAAACCAGGUACUGGCAACAGUGGGUUCAGCCCCAGCUAAGCAGGUUCCUCCACCUGGUGGUUUAAAGACCCACUCGGCUCCUCCACCUUACAGCAGUGUUACUACACAGCCAGGAUCAGCGUUGGCACCUAGCAAGAUAACAGGACAGGCAAACCUGAAAUCUGAUACACCGCUGGCGUCCUCUACCAACUCUGUUGUCACUGGUAACAAAGCUUUUCCAUUUUCAUCACCUAGUGGUGUGUUCAGCAUGGGUUACCCGUCAUCUGCUGCUCCAUCACCACUCGGAAAUGCGGCUUCAGCAAAGGAUUCUAACCAGCCUGCAACAUUUAUAGCUGGAGCAGGAAACAAGCUCCCGUUUGGCUCUGGAUCUGAUGUGUCCCUUUCCUUUGCAUCCCUUAAAUCUCCUUCAGCUUCUAUUGCGCCUGCAGACUCCACAGUAUGCAUUAAACCUACUUCUGCUCAGUCACCACCUACUGUAUCCACCUACUCUGGAGUGUCCUCUACAGCUAAGCCUGGGAAUGGUGCUGCUACUCAGGGUUUUGCUGGUGGUGAAACUCUGGGCAGCUUUUCAGGACUUCGGGUUGGUCAAGCUGAGGACGCACCCAAAGCAGAGUUUCCAAAAGUCAUGCCUACCACACAGCCAGCUAAAAUACCAAGCAUUGGCCAAUUGACUGGUUAUACUGGGGGAUUUCAACCAUCUAAGCCUGUGGAACCCUCUUCAACCACGAGCAGUUCAUCAGCCAUGGUUUUUGGUAACAUGCAGUUACCAAGCACGGGAUCCUUAGGUGGUUUGUUCAACCCAGGUGGCAUCAAGCCAAAUAUCUCUGUUGUGGCUCCAAUUAGCACCGCUCCUGCAGCCGAUUCCUCAUCUAAUAUUCAGGCUCCUGCUUUAUCUUUUGGAUUUGUGUCUCCUGCAACUUCGGUACAAACAUCUAUGGUUUCGAUUGCUGGUACUCCAGUCACAGUAAUUCCCAGUACUUAUGGUGUGGACUCCAAACAGCCUGUAGUGCCCAUUAAAUCUGCCACCGAACCUGCUGCUUCUUCACAUCUACAAGCUCUGCUUGCUGUUCCAACUGAGGGCAAUAGAGAUCCAACGUCUAACCAAACUCUUUCAGCAUCAGGCAGCACCGAGCCCACAGCUCCAGCUGCCAUUCCUGCAGUUGGUACACCACAACCUGCUUCAGAAACAAAAGCAACCGUUUUAACAUUUCCUGUUGCAGUUGAGUCAGGGCAAAAUGCCCCCACCACUUCCUCACCAGUACUGGUCAGCCCUCCACCACCUCCGGCAAGCACAAUAUCUGUAGGUCUUCCUUCACAGACUCCAGUGUUGGUCACUACAGCUCCUGCUACAGGGCCAACCAGCACGCAAGACACCUCUGCGACAGGUUCUGCGUUCGUCCAGCCAUCUGUGACAUCUUCAGCAACAACAGCUGCCCCUGUCUUUGGGCAGGCCCAGGCAGCUAGUACAGGUCCUACUCUGUUUGGUCAGCAGAACAGCAAUUCAGCCAGCACAUCAGGGAAUCCUGCCGCUGGAUUUGGAUCAUUUGGUGUGGCAGAAGGAAGUGGAGGUUUUGGACAGCCUGUGUUUGGCCAAACAACAUCUUUCUGGAAAGCACCUGCGGGAUCUGCUAGCAACUUUUCCUUUGCACAGUCAAGCUUUGGGUCACAGUCAAUCUUUGGGCAACCUCCAGCCUCUACCGCUGCGGUCAGCAGCAGCGGUAGCCUUUUCGGGAGCACCCCUGCAAACACCAUUAGUGCAAGUUCAUUCUCUUUUGCACAACCAUCAAGCAGCAACACAUCCACUGCAGGAGGUGGACUUUUUGGGCAGAGCAGUGCCCCAGUCUUUGGACAGAGCUCCACGUUUGGACAGAGCGCCCCCUUGUUUGGCAGUGCAACAUCUACAACUACAACCUCAUCGUCCGGGUUCAGCUUCGGGCAGACACCAGGAUUUGGGUCCAGCUCUUCUGGAUCAGUAUUUGGCCAACCACAGAACACUGGCACAGCUGUCUUUGGACAGCAGCCAUCGUCCUCUGGUGGGAGUCUUUUUGGUACAAGCACCAGUGGCACGGGCGGAGGGGGUUUCUUCAGUGGCCUUGGUGGCAAACCCAGCCAGGAAGCUGCCAACAAGAAUCCAUUCAGUGCGCCUGGCUCUGGAUUUGGUGUCCCCAGCACUUCCAAUGCCAGCAGUCUGUUUGGUAACAGUGGGGCCAAGACUUUUGGCUUUGGUAGCUCCACGUUUGGUGAGCAAAAAUCUACAGGCACAUUCAGUGCAGGAGGUGGGAGCGUAUCCACCCAGGGAUUCGGCUUUUCCAGCCCCAACAAAACAGGUGGGUUCGGCGCUGCUCCGGUGUUUGGCAGCCCUCCAACUUUCGGGGGAUCCCCUGGUUACGGAGGGGUGCCAGCAUUCGGUUCAGCCCCAAGUUUUGCAAGCCCUCUGGGCUCGACUGAAGGCAAAGUAUUCGGCGAGGGUACAGCUGCAGCUAACACAGGAGGAUUUGGGUUUGGAAGCAGUAGUGGCAGUACCACGUUUGGUAAUCUGGCCAAUCAGAGCACCCCAUCCUUCGGUGCUCUGUCCCAACAGGGAGUUGGUUUUGGGGGGCAAAGUAGCGGAUUCUCCGGGUUCGGUACCGGCAGCGGCGGAGCAGCGCCAGGCAGUGGUGGAGGUUUUCCGUUUGGGGUUUCAAAUCAUAGAUUUUUAUCUUCAAGACCAAGAGAUUUUCAUCCGUGAAACGUCACCCAAAGCAUUCCUUAUUUUAUAAUACAUACGUCUAUGUCAGGAUUCGGGGGUGGCUGGAGGGGCUAAGCUACGGAUGGCGACUUGAUCCUCUGUAUACGCUACUUGUCAUUUCCUCCCGGGAGCCACAAUGGCACCUAUGCCAUGUACCAAACAUCAGCUUAUCAUCUGCCACCCAGCAUUGUUAAUAAACUGUUUUCAAAUUA